CCCGGCCGCCCGCACCCUCCGCAGGGGCCGCCCUCCCGGCGCGGGGGGGCGCGCGCGUGGAGGACGCGCCUUCUCGCUCCCGCGUCCGCAGGCGGCGGCGGCUGCCUAGUCCCGCCGCCAAGAUGCUCAAAGUCACGGCGCCCUCCUCCUCCUCGUCGGCCGCGUCCUGCUCCUCGGCCACCCCCAGCGUGGCCCUGGCGGCCGGCAGCCUGAUCCCGGACUACUGGAUCGACGGCUCCAACCGGGACGCCCUGGGCGACUUCUUCGAGGUGGAGUCAGAGCUGGGAAGGGGUGCUACAUCCAUUGUGUACAGAUGCAGACAGAAGGGGACCCAGAAGCCUUAUGCUCUCAAAGUGUUAAAGAAAACAGUGGACAAAAAGAUUGUGCGGACGGAGAUCGGAGUCCUGCUGCGCCUCUCCCACCCCAACAUUAUAAAGCUUAAAGAGAUCUUCGAAACGCCAACAGAAAUCAGCCUGGUCCUAGAACUCGUCACGGGAGGCGAGCUGUUUGACAGGAUCGUGGAAAAGGGGUACUACAGCGAGAGGGACGCCGCGGAUGCUGUGAAGCAGAUCCUGGAGGCCGUGGCCUACCUGCAUGAGAAUGGGAUUGUCCAUCGUGAUCUCAAACCGGAGAAUCUGCUCUACGCCACGCCGGCCCCAGACGCGCCACUCAAAAUCGCUGAUUUCGGACUCUCCAAAAUCGUGGACCACCAGGUGCUCAUGAAGACCGUGUGCGGCACCCCGGGGUACUGCGCCCCGGAGAUCCUCAGAGGCUGUGCCUAUGGGCCCGAGGUGGACAUGUGGUCGGUCGGGGUCAUCACCUACAUCCUGCUCUGUGGAUUUGAGCCGUUCUAUGAUGAGAGGGGCGACCAGUUCAUGUUCCGGAGGGUCCUCAACUGCGAGUACUACUUCAUCUCGCCGUGGUGGGACGAGGUCUCCCUGAACGCCAAGGACUUGGUCAGGAAGCUGAUCGUCUUGGAUCCGAGGAAGCGGCUGAGCACCUUCCAGGCUCUGCAGCACCCGUGGGUCACCGGGAAGGCGGCCAACUUCGUGCACAUGGACACCGCACAGAAGAAGCUGCAGGAAUUCAAUGCCCGGCGCAAGCUGAAGGCAGCCGUGAAGGCAGUUGUGGCCUCGUCCCGGCUGGGCAGUGCCAGCAGCAGCCAUGCCACAAGCCAGGAGAGCCACAGGCCAACCCAGGAGCCCUCUCCUGUCCCAGGGGACACGGCCCUGCCGACAGAGGAAGCCGAGCGCAUGAAGGUGCAGGCGGAGGAGGAAGAGACGGAGGCGCGCCCGGGGUUGGUGCCCGAGGCCCUGGAGGACGGGAUGACCGGGGCUGGAGAGCCCCAGGAGCAGGAGGAGAGCCUGGGCGAGAAGCUGAAGACGGUGGAGGAGGCGGAGCCGGAGAGCCCCGCGGAGGGACUGGGGGCGCCCCAGCAGGGGGUGACCCUGCCCGAGUCCUAGGGUGGCCCUGCCCCGACCCUCCCCGGCCCGUGACGCACCUCGUCCUGCAGCAAGGACGGUGCGCAAGCAUGAUAUAGUGAUGUUCUGAGGUGCAAAUACAUAGCUACCACUCGAUACCCCUGCCGUCAUGCAUGUGACCGCUUUACGGCACCAGCAGUGCUUCCAGGCACGGGCGGGACCUGGCGGUGAGUGACCCCGACCCUUCCCUGGCACGGCCGAACCGAGGCGCACGUCCGCGUGGUGGCACACGGGCUCUGCCCUGGAGCCUUGCAUGCUGGGUGCCCCGGAUUCCUUCAUGAGGUGACUUCCCUGGGCGCCUGCUCGGCAUCUCCCAGGCGUGCUGUCGAUGUGUUCUUGUGAGCUUGACCUUUCGCUUUUUGUCAUGAGCGUGUUCGGUGUUCCCGAGGAGAUGGUGGUAGAAGGCAGUCGCACACUGCGAUGGUAAGGAGUCCAAGCACACUUGGAGGGGCACGGAGCCGCACAGGCCCGAGCUCGUGUGGCAAAGGCCUGCUCGGGGGUACCAGGCUCUCCCUCACACGGCACGUGAGUCGUGAGUCCUGGGGGCAAGGUGUUUCUGCUGGACCAGAUCCGGGCUGCUGAGGCCAGUAGUUCCAAGAAAGGGUGUUUACUCACUAAUAUGGCCCCACAAACAGGAACAUUUAAUGGACUGUAACAGACACUGAAGGCAAAUCUUCCCAGGGCCACAUGUCCACCCGAGAGUGGACUAAGAUCCCACUAAAGAGCCACUUUAUCAAAGAUGGAAAUUUGUUCAGGAAGCCCCAGCUUUCUGCCCACUGGCUGUGACUUAAAUAUACUGCUUAUCACAGAUGUUUAUGGAAAUUGGCGCAUCUUAGAGUUGGAAUGGAAGUGCCCCCAUUUUACAACGUAGUUUUAAAAAAUUUUCCAGGUCAAGAAAUUUACAAUAGUACAACUUUUAAUUCACUUUUGAAAA